GCGCUGGGGACCAACAACGACAACUUCGUGGCGUGCCCGGAGCGCGCGCUGGACUGGGGCGUGAGGCGCCCCCUGCUGCUGCAGGAGCUGGCCGCCGCCACGCCCGACAUCAUCUGCCUGCAGGAGGUGGACCACUACAAGUUCCUGGAGGCGGCGCUCUCGCCGCUCGGCUACCGCGGCCUGUGGGAGCCCAAGCCCGACUCGCCCUGCAAGUACGUGCCGGACAACAACGGGCCCGACGGCUGCGCGCUGCUGUGGCGCGCCGACAGGUUCACCCUGGUGGAGGAGCACCAUCACCAUAUUGAACGCACACUCUCCGCCGUGCAGGUGGUGCUGCUGGCCGUGCUGCGGCACGAGGCCUCCGGGCGCGAAGUGUGCGUGGCCACGACGCACCUCAAGGCGCGCGCCGGCGCCCUCAUGUCGACCAUCCGCAACCAGCAGGGCAUCGACCUGCUCAACGUGGUGGCGGCGCACGCCGACGGCCGGCCCGUCCUGCUCGCCGGCGACUUCAACGCCGAGCCCAGCGAGCCCGUCUACCGCACCGUGCUGCAGCACCCCGCCCUGCGCCUCGCCAGCGCCUACUCCAAGGCUAGCCACAGGGUCGAGGAGGACGACGGCGUGGCUCACGGCGACCCAGUGGCCGCCUCGGCGCAGGGCGAGCCCCCGUACACGACGUGGAAGAUCCGCGAGGAGGGUGAGCAGUGCCACACCAUCGACUACAUCUUCUACUCGCGCUCGGCCUUCUCCGUGUCCGCCCUCAUGGACUUCCCCUCGGGCGAGGCGCUGGGCCCCGGGCGCGCGCCCUCGUACCAGUACCCCUCGGACCACUUCUCGCUGUGCGCCGAGCUCCGGCUCGAAGACUCGCGGCCCGAGCCCCGCCCCCCGGGCAGGUGUGCCUCGGAGCGCACCAAGUGAGGCGCGCCCGGGAUCGCCCUGGAGUUCCCUGAGCCCAGCUCCCUGAGCCCAGCUCCCUGGAAGGACCUGGUCGGGUGAGGAGGAGAGUGCGUGAGUCGACCCGCACGCCGCAGUAUUAGGCUUGAGCCGAGGCCGAGGCGGAGGCCGAGGCGGAGGCGCGCCGCAACGCCACCGAGGUCCAGUCGGAGGACGAGGCCGGCGGAGGGCCCGGGCCCCGGGUGUCCGGUCGGGUCCGGGAGGCAACGCCACACCACUCGGACGCUGCGCUGACUGGCUCGGCCCCGCAGCAGCAGCAGCAGUCGGGUUCGAAAGUUGUUUUCAGUUUCGGUUUUCACCAGAUCUGCGCAGACGCGACGGCGCCUAGACUACUUGACCUUAGGGCUGUGUGUGCCUCCUGAUGUGAAGUACAACAAUAGAGCAAUAUUUUAUGUAGAGCAGUAGUAGGAAUUGAAGGCACUCGUGGUGGGUGCGUCAAAGGUUUAGUAUUGUGGUUUUUGUGGUGAUGGAAAUCAGCCUUCUCGGGCGUGCUCACACGUUUUAUGCAUGACCAAACUUAAAAUGUGAUACCUGUGACAUCUAAUUAUUGAGAGUAGGUUACGAGGUGGGAGUGGUUGAUGUGUGAUAUCUUAAUUUAUUAUUUCUACCUUACAAAGAUUUCAUGUAAUUUAUAAUAUAAUUAGUUGCAUUGUUUUAUUGUUGAAACUUGUUAGAUUUAAUGUGUUGAGCAAGUUGCUUAGAAAUGUUUGUUUAAUAUACUUUACUAUUGUUCUUACUUUUUUUUGGUUGUAUUCUCAUGGAUAAGUAAGUUGAAAACUCCGUGCCAUGUCUUCACCCGUGACAAAAGAACUAUUUGACACGUGCGAUUCUGGUGUAGGAAAGAAGCCAAGUAAAGUACCGAUUGGUACUAACCACUUAUUGUAUCGUCAAAGAACAUUGUUCUUCAUCUUAGGCUGUGUGCUUGCUUCAUAUAGCAUGCUCUGUACAUAAAAUAACUUUUACUUUGAUUUAUAAGGUAAAUAUUUAUUUAUUUUUGAUCUAUUUAUAAUAAAAACACAAUGAGUUACAAAAGAA